UGGGGGGCGGGGCCGCGGCUGCCGUUGGGCCGGACGGGAGGCUGGGAGCGGGAGUUUUGAACACUGGUGCGGGCGGCUAGAGAUGCGGCGCUGCCGUGGACCCUGGGUCACCCGCCCGGAGCAGGAGGAGCCGGAAUGCAGCAUUCAAGAAAAGAUUGACUUUGAAAUCCUCAUGCGAGAGGGAAUCUGUAAACUGCUUGCAGUGAGCACCCAAAAAGACCAAGUGCUGAAUGCAGUUAAAAACCUGAUGGUUUGCAAUGCUCGCAUACUUGCCUACAAGACAGAACUACAGAAACAAAAAGAGGAGCCAGUCACGUACAGAACAGGAGGAUGGUGUUCAGAUGUUCGGACUAAAGAGCGUGCAGCAUGUAGAGGAAAGGUUGCCAUAUCAGAUAUUCGCAUACCAUUAAUGUGGAAAGGCUCUGAUCACUUCAACAAUAAAGAAAGAUCACAGCGCUAUGCAAUUUUUUGCUUAUUCAAAAUGGGAGCUGAGGUUUUUGAUACAGACAUGGUUAUUGUGGAUAAGGCAACAACUGAUAUCUGUUUUGAAAAUGUAACCAUAUUUGAUGAAGUGGGGCCAGACUUCCAAGUAAAGUUUGAAGUGUAUAGUUGCUGUACAGAUCAAUCUUCAACUAUAACAAACACUCCUAAGAAGCUAGCCAAGAAGUUUAAGACAUCCAUUGGUAAAGCUACUGGAAAGAAAAUCAACUCUUUGCAAGAAGAAGACAACCCUGAAUCCCUUUCAUUCACUGACCCAAUCAUACUUGGUGCAAAAUACAGUUUGCUGGCACAUACUACUUUGGGGUUGGAGAGUGCUGAGGACAAUUUCAGGACCCACAACCUUACCGUUACAGGAAAUGAGGAAUCGUUCUGGCUUCCCUUAUAUGGAAACAUGUGUUGUCGUUUAGUUGCUCAGCCAUCCUGCAUGGCCAAGGAUGUGAUGUCAGGAUUUCUUAAUCAGCAGCAAAUGGUAAGAAGCCUGACUAACUGGAGGAGGCUGUACUGUGUACUGAGAGGUGGUAAACUCUUUUGUUAUUAUACAUCUGAAGAAAUUGAAGCUAAAGUGGAGCCGGCUUUGACCAUUACCAUCAACAAGGAAACCAGAAUCUGUGCUGUGGAUAAGGGCACCAAGAAAAGAAUUAAUAAUUUUUCUGUUAUCAACCCUGUGGAUGGAGAGGCUGUGACCCAACUUUUUGCAGCUGAUAGCAGGGAAGAACUUCAUAGGUGGAUGGAAGCUUUCUGGCAGCAUUUCUAUGAUCUUAGUCAGUGGAAACAUUGUUGUGAAAAAUUUAUGAAAAUUCAGAUUAUGUCACCACGGAAACCACCUUUGUUCUUGACAAAAGAGGCAACCUCAGUCUACCAUGAUAUGAGUAUUGAUUCUCCACUGAAACAUGAAGGUUUAACAGAUAUCAUACAAAGGAAAAUUGAGGAGACUGAUGGAGAGUUCCUGAUUGGCCAGCAGAAGGAGUCUACCCCUUCUGUAUGGGCCCCAUUAUUUGAUGGUUCUCACCAGAUGCUUGUCCAGAAAAAUAUUGUGUUUCCAGAUGAAAAUAGUGAGAUAGUAAGUCCUAAUGAUGGCAAAGGAAAGAAAAGAAGAGCUCCACUUCCAGCGUCCUAUAAGCUACCAAACAGCUCAAAAACACAGAUGAGCACAGAUCAGUUGGACAAGGAAAACUUGUGGAAGAAGCCUGCCAUGGCAUGUAGGACCCCUUCUCCUUUUGAUGCCAAGUUAUCUUCCAUGAUGCAUCAGUUGCAGAGGCCCAUUGCUGCUCCUCGCAAACUGGUUCCUUGCAGGAAAAGCAGCUCAAUUGACAGUGAAAAUCCUCUCUCUUCAGUUACUGAGACAGAGUCUGAACCCAAACCAGUGCCAGCUCCUAGACAGAAAUCCAUCAAAGAAAUACUAGACCCUAGAUCAUGAUUGCAGUCACAGGUGUAACAUUUAGUUUAUAAAAGUGACCCACAUAUAAAGUUUACCAGCAUUUGACAUUUA